AUGCUAAAAGCUGCCGUCAAAGCUUUCAAAGAUGCAAUACAGAAGGUUGUUGAAGUCAAAUCCUUAAAGAAUGCUUCAGAAGAAAAUUAUUCUAAGGACAAGUUCAGCUCUCGUGUUUUUGCCUUGAAAAUAAAUGUCAAGGAAGAAAUGUUUUUAUCACCACAGGUAGUAAAAGACAGCCCUUGCCAGAAAAUGUAUAACGUUUUACAUCUAAUUGGUCAGAGCACCCAUUUUAAAGUGCAUUUAAAUGAAAAUGGAAACAUAUUCAUCAAAGCAGCACAAUGCCAAUUUUCAAGAGAAUUUUACAAAAGCAAUUCUUUCAUCAGAUUGUCGAAAGCAACAAAUCUGAAUUUACAAGAAGAUCUGCAGUGUAAACACAAGGCAGUGGCCUCAGCUUCAGCCCAGGCAGCAUGGAGGGCGUCAUCAUCUUCCUCAGAGUACUUCUGCAUGUCUUCAGAAGAGAAGCUCAAUGUUGCUGGGGUAUCAAAGUUAUGGACAUGUGAUCCACCACGUGGCUGCUCUUUGGAAGACAGUCCUCUGGUCUCUGAGGCAAGAAGUGGAUCCUCUGAAUCGGAAUACUUCUCCUGUUACUCCUCCUUGUAUCAUCUCUCUUCUGCUGAAGUCUUAAACACAGAUGAAGACAUUCCACCUCCUGGACCCUCUGGGUUGGCCCAAGGCCAUGGCCAGACAGCAGAGGAUUCAGACUCAAAUUGUGUCUCUUCUGCAGACAAGCUCAUUCACAGUGGCAGAAAUGCACCAUGUCAGCAUCCCUGUCUUUUUUGGAAGAAGCUCUUAAAGGAUCUGAAUGGGAAGAUGAAAAAUCUAAGAAAAAUGCAGAAAUACAUUUCCAGAAGAGUUUGGCCGAAAUUCUGGAAGAGUCAAGAGGAUGUGCCUCAGCCUGAAUCAUCUGUGGUGGUCCCUCCAAGCAGUGAGACAGCAGGAGAAAACUCCUCUGCCUCAGAAUACUUCACAUGUGUCUCCUCCAUAUCUAAGCUCAUUCCUGCUAAAGAGGGUGGAGUCCCUCAAACACACCAGGAUGUUUCUUGUGUUGGACACUCCGAGGAAUGUGGGACUUCCUCCCCCUUUCCACAUACCUCCUUUCCAUUCCAUUUGGUUCAUGAUCCUACGCCCUCUGUGUCCUCAGUACACACGGAAGAGGAAGAGCUCAUGAAAGUUUACUACAUGCAUGUCCAAAUGAAAAGGGGGGUGGCUGUCUUAUGUGAUACAAAGGAAGGGCUGGAGCCUCCCUCCAAGAAGACAAAAAUAGAAGAAAUGACCUUUCCUGAAAAGAUCCAGGAAGAAGUCACCCCCUCUCAUGUAUGUACGAAGGAACUUCUAACUGACAGUGAGUCCAGCUGGAAUAAUGAAGCCCAAGAGGAAAAGGAGGAGGCUGAUUGUCCAGCAGAGCCUCCACUUGUGGAGGAGUGUUCCAGAGCCAAGACACCUGAAUGGCUCGUGGCCCUGGAUAGUGGCUUCAGGUGCAUGGCCUGCUGCCGGGUCUUUCCCAGCUUAGAGGCCCUCCAGGAGCAUGUGCAGCAUGGGGUCAGUGAGGGCUUCAGCUGCCAUACCUUCCAUAUGGCCUUGACUUGGCUGAAGAACAAGAACAGGGGAGAAAAGGAGAAGAGUAGGCAGACGAAGAAUACCAAGAAGACAACAUAUAGAUGCCAGAAAGAGAAACAUUUUGGCAUGAAGUUGUCUUCAUACAAAUAAACAGACUUUUUUUUAGCCCCUACAAGAGAAGCAGUAGAGUAGGCCAGACUCUACUGAGGGGGCUGUAUCUUCUCUAAGCAGCCGUAGGACCCACCUUUAUUUAUGCACAUCUCCCACCACCACCACUCCCAGCACACCACCACUAGGAGCAGAGAACCCCUUUCAAUUCUCUCCAUUGCUGUCCCAAGAAGGAGGGAGAAGGCAGUGCACACCAUACAGAACAGCAAGAUGGUCUCAUGCAAACUAAAGAGCAGUGAACACCAGCAUAUCAUCUCCACGAUUACACUGAAAAAAGGAGACUCAUUGGAAGGAGAAACUGCUGGGGGUCGGAUUGUAGAAGAGCAACACAGACCCAUUGGCCCAAAGAUUUCAAAUGAUGGUGUCCAGCACAUUCCUGCAGUCUUAUGGGAGCACAGCAGUUCUCAUGAGCCCCCCAGCAUCAAGGGAUGGCUGGCUGAAGAUGAAUGUACCUGAUAUUCUGCAGCUGCUCCCAGUUAAUCUGGUAAACUGUGGUGCCCAGCUCUGGAGAAAAUAUCCACAUAGAGCCGUGAGGAGCCCAAGGAAUGCUGGGAAUAUUGGGCACUCAGGAGCCCUGUGGAAAAACUCCUGCUUUUGCUGACCCUUCCUCACCCUGCCAGGAGUCAGGCACCACUGAAAAUUCCUGCGAGAUUGCCUGAUGGGGAAGAGGGCAGUAUAGGUAGAGAGAUGUUAGAACUGUGAUCAGCACAUGUCUCCUACCUAGAGCUUUCACCAGUGGAACAGAAGAUUGAUGACAGCUUGGCAGGACUCAGGGGAGGAGAUUGCUAGCUUGACAGAGGAUCUAAAAGAAUAUUUUUCUUUCCCCAAUUUGACUUCUACUUGUAGCUUCUUGAGUCCCUCGUGUUUACUGUAGGUUUGAACACCUGGCUCAGAGUCUUACUCUCCAGCCCGGCUAUUGCUCUUCAUUCCCCCACAUCUUCUAUCCAUGAACAUGUGCCUGAACACUCCAAAUAUCAAUGGUCCAGAUUGUAAUCCAUACCCUUCUUCCCCUACACUUGCACCUACACAUUUCCUCCACUGUAGUCUGUUAACAAUUUUACUUAUUUUUCUAUAUCCUUUUCUUUAUAUGAACAUAUACCUUUCUCCAUAUCUUUCUCUGAUAGACUCACUUGCACGGUUAUUUGGCUGGUGGAUAGACAUUAUUGAGAGAGGAAACGCUAUUGCACAAAUGAAACAAAAGCAAAGAACCCCUCCCCGCCACUUGGCUUCUCUGGGCUUAUGCACACAUAGGUGUGCAAAAACUUCUUACACAGUCAUAGGAAUGAGGAUGGAAUGUGUAAUAAAUCAUCAGGGAUGAUCAGAUACAUGUACACAAGGGUGUUGCAAAAGUCGUUAAUGCAGCUUUAAGCUUAAUUUUAGAAGCAUAAAAGAUACCAAGUUUUGAAAAAUAUAAUUCACAUGUUGAAUUAUUUGCAUAUCACUUACACGUAAAUUGUGUAUUUUCAAAGAUAAAUUUUAAUUUGUCACUCUGCCAUCUUCAAUCAGAGGGACAGAAACAAAUUUUAAAGUGUUCUUUAUAGUUCACAAAACUAUAUAAGGAAAAUUAAAAUAGUUCAACUUUCAAAUGGUAUCAUUUAUAAUUUUUAGCUUUGCACUUCUGAAAUUAUUAAAGCUCAUAACUGCUAUAUGGCAUUUGGGAAACAUGUAUUUACACAGGUAUAUACAGGUUUGUGUGUGUAUAUAUAUAUAUAGGACAUACAGCAUGAUUCCAUUUCUAUAAAAUUUGUGAAAUGAAAACCUUACAGAGGUGGAGAACAGAAGUGGCUGUCAGGUGUUGGGGCAAGGGAGGAUGGGUGUGUCCAUAAAGAGCAGCCUCGGAGAAGCUGUGAUGAUCAUUGACUGCAAUGAAUGAGGAGCCCAAGGAAUGCUGGGAAUUCAUGAUUAUCUUGAAGUUGUCCCCAUGGAUAUGUACAUAUAAGAAGCUUAUGUGCACCUGUGUGUCAUUGAAACCAAGAGAUGGAGUAUAGUUGCUUUUGCUUUCAUCUGCCUACUUCUUUUUCCUCCUUCUUUUGAUAAGAGUCUCUACUUUCUGGCCACAUAUAUGUGUAAGUAAGUCAGACUAGCCAAGUGAAGUCCUUACUAGACUACUUGGCUUCCAUGAUUCACCUAGGGGUAAACAUCGGUCUGUGUUGGAACAAUCUGUACUGAUUAAUAGCUUGGAAAAUUAAAACAGGAGCUAGAGACUGGGUGGAUUCCUGGUGAGUUAUCCUUUGUCUGCAACUCAAGUUAACGUCUGUGAGCCUCUACUGCUGGACUUGCUUCAAUUCCUCUUUUUUGGAAGACCUGGCUGUUUUAAUUAUUACUUUAAUAUGCUAAGCAUCCCCACUAACCCUUCAAUAAAUUCUUGUUUUGCUUCCAUUAA